AUGAAAGUACCCAACACCCAACCAAUCGUAUCGUGAUUCGUGAGUCAAGCUAUUUUCUGUAUAUCAAUAUACAUAUACGAAGCAGUGCGAAAAAAGAAACGAAACAAUUUACAAUGACGUUUUACAGUGAGCGUAGCGAAAAAUUGUUCUGAUAAUUCUCCGACACAAUCAUGCACCACCAAACAUAGAACUCUUUUUGAAUAGAAUUUUCUCUCUUCACAUAUACGUUGAAGUGUAUUAUUCAUGUACCGUCACGUCCACGUUGUUGACGUUGUAUGUUUUGUAACACAAUACGCGGUUAUCGCGACGCGUAGGUAUAUAGUGUGUUGUAGGCCAAAGCAAUACUUGGAACCUCCAGCGUGCUCCAAGAUUAUUUUUCACUCAAGUGUCAAUGUAGCAAGAAUAGUGGGCGUUCAGUUUUCCUACACCAAAUAGCGAGACAACCAAUGAGAGAAAUAUAUAGUACUCGAGCCGGUCCAACAAAGUAUCACGUGUAGGCUACAAAGCGUGCGCAAGAUGCAGAUGUCAGUUGCGAAAAUCGGCACCGGAUAACAAGAAGUUUAGUCGUUCAGAAUUCUUCCCUCGAUAACAUUCUCCUUUUUCCUGGUCGAAUCUGUCUGUGAAAUAUUGACAAUAUUGUUAUGGAGGAAACCGGAAUCAUAAAACCGGAAAAUUUUACAUAUACGCAGACGAUGUCUCUGCAAAGUGACAAAAAUUCGUAUCUGAUAUCAAACAGUAUACUUAUUGUGAUAUUAUCCCUAGUUUCAAUACGCUGCAUGCACAAGGAUAAUUAUGCAAAAGCUGCUAUGAACACAGUCUCCUCUGUGUCACUAUUCAAUUUAAUUUUAGUGAUUGCUGAACUUAUCUUCAAGAUAUACUAUUUUGUUGCUCGAAUCAUGGAGACAGGAACAAAGCAUGCGAGUGACUUUGAAAAAAUAGUGAAAAAUCUACAGUUCAAUACUACUUCUUGGAUGUGUAUAGCAUUCAGCUGUGGAUUAUUAUUUUGGAUUUUUUAUGUAUACGCUGGUAACAAUAUUGGUCAUAUCUGGGAAUUUGGACCAGUGCGAUUAUUUCCAUCCUUACUUCUUUCUCUCAGUAUUUGUCAAAUUGUUGGCCUGAAAGAUUCGGCUUUUGAGACUGUCAUGGGCAUGAAUUCAAUGAAAGGAGUUGACUAUGGAACUGGAAUGGCAUACAGCUAUUAUUAUGGAUACUUGCGUCUGAUUUUGCCUUCUGACGGCGGUCAAAAUCCAGGACUCCGUCACAAAAUGGAGCAAUAUGAAGGGGUGCAAAACGUCACUAUACCGGUGAAGAAAUUAUUUAUUUUGAUCCCCGAGUCCGGUCACAUCCCACCGAACCUGAAAGAGGCGUCUGAUGGUUGGCUUGAGAGUACAACGAGUCUUGAAAGUGAGGUUCGCGACAGAGCAGGCGUAACAGGUCGUCCAUACAAAAAUACUGUGUACAAAAUUCAUCCUGGUGGUGGUGAAAGAAGAUCAAGGCGGCCGAUUUAUGUGACGACCGAAGGAGCAACCCCAAUGAUGACAUUAUGGGAAAUUCUGAGGCAUGCUCAUCCCCAGACCGAUGUUUACCGGGAACAUCGACAUGAGAUCGUUGUUCGCUUUUAUGAAACAUUAAAAGAAUUGCUCAACAGCGAUCCAAGCUGCAGGGAUUCGUGCGAGCUUGUUUAUUAUAAUGAUUAUGAUGCUAACGGCAAGAAAGCUAACGUUGGAGAGAUUUUGUUGACAAGGAUUCUGAGUCAAACUCCGUCUCCGACCUGGUGAAUCAUGAGCUUCGAACCAAAGCAAAAAAACUUCUGAACUAUUUACUUACCGAAAGUGUCUUCAAUUUUAUAAUAAAAUUUUGUAUUUCUAUUCAUGUAUUGGAAAAGUGAUUUUAUUGAGAUUUUUAUGUAUUUCUAUUUAUAAAAGAAAAUGGAACCUA